AUGUCUUCUGAGCACAUCGUUACACUAGCAGAAUUACCAACAUGGGAUGCUGAUGGACCGAAUGUUCUUGCUUCCCAUCCAAUCCUUCCUCAAAUUUAUCCACUCAAAAAGGCGAAUAAUGAGAUUAACAAGAAAAUUUCUGUUUGGUUUAAAGGAGAUAGUUGUAAACUUCAAUGCGAUGCUAUAGUUAAUGCAGCAAAUUCUAAACUUAAAGCAGGAAGCGGUAUUUGCGGAAUGAUAUUUAAAGCCGCAGGAAAUGAACUUGUUGACGCAUGCAAAAAGGCAGGAUAUACAGAAACAGGUCAUGCAGCAUUAACACCUGCAUUUAAACUUCCUUCAAAAUAUAUUAUACACGCAGUUGGCCCGAAAGGUGAGCAGCCAUCAGAGCUUCGAUCUACAUAUUUGUCGACUUUAAAUUACAUGGAUAAUGAUAAAAUUAAAAGUAUUGCGUUUUGCGCAAUAUCUACAGGUAAAUAUGGCUAUCCUGUUGAAAAAGCAACUCAUAUUGCAUUGAUGUCAGUUCGUGAGUGGCUUGAAGUACCAGAAAACUUACAAAAAACAGAAAGAAUUGUUUUUGUAGUAUUCAACGAUAAAGAUGUCGAAGUUUACUCUCAAUUAAUGCAUGCAUACUUUCCAUUAGAAGGAGUAAAAUAUCCUCCAAGACCACGUAAGAACAAACCAACUUCAGCAACAAAACCUCAACCAACAGAACAAAAAGGGGCUGCUGAUGUUCAAAACCCCGAAGUAAAUAAGGUCGAACAUGAAGUCACAAAAGAAAAUCAUGAAAAUAAGGAACCCACAAAAUAA